AUGUUUUAUGCGGUCAUCUGGAUUUUCUGCGCCACCCUGUUCGCAAUCGUGUUUGGCGGAGUACGGAAACCCAAGAGAUUUCCGCCAGGACCUCGCUGGUAUCCGGUGGUGGGCAGUGCCCUGCAAGUCUCCCAGCUGCGAUGUCGCCUGGGCAUGUUCUGCAAAGUGAUCGAUGUCCUUGCCAGACAAUAUGUGAAUCCUUAUGGCUUCUUUGGCCUCAAGAUUGGAAAGGACAAGGUGGUGAUUGCCUACACGAACGAUGCCAUUAACGAGAUGAUGACCAACGAGGAUAUCGACGGGAGACCGGAUGGAAUAUUCUAUCGCCUCAGGACCUUCAACUCCCGGCUGGGUGUCCUGUUGACCGACGGGGAAAUGUGGGUGGAGCAGCGAAGAUUCAUUCUGCGGCAUUUGAAGAACUUUGGCUUUGCCAGGAGCGGCAUGAUGGACAUCGUUCACAACGAGGCCACUUGCCUGCUCCAGGACCUGAAGGAUCAGGUGCAGAAAGCCGGAGGCAGGCAGGCGAGGAUUGAGAUGCACGAUCUGACCAGCGUAUAUGUCUUGAACACCCUCUGGUGCAUGCUGAGUGGCCAGCGGUACGAGCCGGGCUCCCCGGAGAUCACUGAGCUCCUGGAGGUGUUCUUUGAACUUUUCAAAAACAUCGACAUGGUGGGAGCUCUCUUCAGCCACUUUCCCCUCCUCCGGUUCAUUGCUCCGGACUACUCCGGCUACAAUGGUUUCGUGGAGAGUCACCGUCACUUGUACUCCUUCAUGAGCAAGGAAAUCGAACUCCAUCGACUGACCUACAAGAACUACGAUGAGCCCAGGGAUCUGAUGGACUCCUAUCUGCGCGCCCAGGAGGAGGGCAACGAUCCCAAGGGCAUGUUCAGUGAUGAGAGUCUUCUGGCCAUUUGCUUGGACAUGUUUCUGGCCGGCUCGGAGACCACCAACAAGAGCCUGGGCUUCUGUUUCAUGCACUUGGUGCUGCAGCCGGAAAUCCAGGAGAAGGCCUACCAGGAAAUCAAGGAGGUGGUGGGCCUGGAAAGGAUUCCCGAAUGGUCGAGGGAUCGCUCAAAGAUGCCAUACUGCGAGGCCAUUACCCUGGAGGCGGUGAGGAUGUUUAUGUUGCACACCUUCGGAAUCCCCCAUCGCGCUGUUUGCGACACCCGCUUAUCCGGCUACGAGAUACCCAAGGAUACCAUGGUCAUAGCUUGUUUCAGGGGUAUGCUGAUCAAUCCCGUGGACUUCCCGGAGCCGGAGGCAUUCAAUCCGGAGAGAUUCCUGUUCGAUGGGCAGCUGAAGCUACCGGAAGCUUUCAAUCCCUUUGGUUUCGGGCGACAUCGGUGCAUGGGGGAUUUGUUGGGACGCCAAAAUCUGUUCAUGUUCACCACCACCGUGCUGCAGAACUUCAAAAUGGUGGCCAUUCCCGGCCAGAUGCCAGAGGAGGAGCCACUGGAAGGUGCCACAGCAGCAGUGAAGCCAUACGACAUAAUGCUGGUAGCCAGGGGGGAGAAUUAA